AUGGCUGAAAUAGAAAAUGCUGUGAAGUCUGUCAUUUCUACACCUAAUGAAGAUAAUAAUUGCACAGAAAGUAGUAAUGAAGAACUUGUGGAAACCAAAGAAGAGGAACAUGAUCCAUAUUCAUAUACAAAAUUAAAUGAUUUUACUUCAGAAAUAUUUAAAAUUGAGCUUUUAAAUUUGCCUAAUUAUGUUGGCUAUGGUCAAUUAAGAAAAUUGUUAAAUACUACUCUGAAGCUCAAUCCUCGUAAGGUGAAAGCUCUAGGUACACCUCCACGUUUUGCAUAUAUAACUUUUAAAAACGCUGAAGAUCGAGACAAAGCCUUGAAGCUUCUAAAUGGACAUAUUUGGAAAGGAAAGGCCCUUUUUGCAAAAAAAGCUAAUCCAGCUGCUGAUCCUAUGGUUCAAAAGAGAAAAGCUGGUGAUUCAGAAGAUAGUCAUUGUUCUAAAAAAGCAAGAGAGGAUGAUAUUCCAGUUGAAUUAAGGCUAAAGAAUGCUGUAACUCCUUUUUGGAAUGUUCCUUAUGAGGAACAAUGGAAAAGAAAAGAAGAUGAUGUGCAUAAAUUUUUGGUGAAACUUGGAAAAGAAAUAGAGAAAGUUAAUAAAUCACUUUUACCAAAACUUCAGAAGAACAGAAAAGAAAAUAAUUUCCAGUGUUGUCCUUUAGCACCAAUAAAAGCCUCACCAUGCACCAAAGCAUAUCGAAAUAAAUGUGAAUUUACUGUUGGGAAACAUUUAUAUACUAAAGAAAAAACAGUGGGCUUUCGUCUGAAUUCAUACAAGGAAGGGUCUAUGAGUGUUGCAGAGCCAGAUGAUUGUAUCAACAUAUCAUCUGUGAUGUUGAAAGCUGUUAAGAGCUUUCAAGAUUAUGUAAGAUUAUCCAAGCUUGAUGUAUAUAAUCCUGAAAAUCAUAGUGGCUAUUGGAGGCAGCUAACUGUAAGAACAUCCAAUAACUCUGAUGUUUUAUUAAUUGCAGUCAUGCAUCCUCAAAUGCUGACUGAAGCUGAAUUGGAGGAAGAAAAGCAAAAAUUAAAAGAAUAUUAUGAAGUGGGUCCAGGAUCACAGUGCGGUGUGACUUCCGUAUAUUUUCAGCUCUUUUCGAAGAAAACAUCUAAUGAAGAAAUUUUACCUUUGACUCAUUUAAUGGGUAAAAAGUGCCUUGAAGAAACAUUAUUAGGAAUGAAGUUUCAAAUUAGUCCUGAAGCAUUUUUUCAAAUUAAUGUCCCUGCUACUGAAAUAUUGUACUCAAUGGUUGCUGAUUUUGUUGGUACUUCAUCAUCAUCUGUCUUAGAUAUUUGUUGUGGAACAGGAACCAUUAGUUUGUGUCUAGCAAAGUCAGGAGCUAAAGUGAUCGGCAUUGAAAUGUGUCCUGAAGCUGUUGAGAAUGCCCAGUUAAAUGCUAGACAAAAUGGUUUGGAAAACGUUGAUUUUAUAUGUGGGAAAGCAGAAGAUGUUAUUCUAGCAGCUAUUAAUAAAUGUGAAGAAUCUAAUAUUGUAGCAGUAGUCGACCCUCCUAGAGCUGGUUUACAUCAAAAGGUGCUAAAGGUCAUCAGGGCAACUUCAAAAAUAAAGAAACUAAUUUACAUUGCAUGUAAUCCUAAUGCUGCUUUCAGUAAUUUUGUGGAUCUUUGCCGGAAAACAUCUAACAAUUAUAAAGGCUGCCCUUUCUAUCCUGUUCAAGCUGCUGUUGUAGAUAUGUUUCCAUAUACUCCACACAAGGAGUUGGUUUUAAUAUUUGAAAGAGAUGAAACUAUUAAAGAAUGAUUUUUAUUUAGUUA